AGCGAGUUGCGGGACGAGCUGUGGUUCAUAGAAUUUGGCCGUGGGGCGGCACUGCCCCUGACUCCAGAGGAGGCCCCGGUCGAUGGAGAGCCGGUGGUGCCUUGCGCCCAGGGCCGUGUCGUCGUCGAGACGGUGCGCUCAGCGCCGCCUUGCUUCGCCACCUGCUCAACAUACCGUCGCCACCCUCCGCCGUUGGUCAGCCAAGCCAGCACCGUGCCACCAGUUCCACCCCAUCCACCUCCCCGCGACCCCACCACCUCACCGCCCUCCCUACCUAACUCGUUCGUCGAUCAGCAUCAGCAGUCCAGCAGCCUCCAGAGCCCAGCUCCCCGUCCCGAAGAUCUACGUUUCACCCGGGCUCUCUGGCCUUCGGAAAUGCUACCCGACAACAGCCCCGGCACCGCGACUGACCAGCACUACCAGCUGCCCAGCUCCUCUCGCACCAGCAGCAUCGAGAGCGAGUACCAUCCCCACCAGCAGAACGCUCACGGUCAGAGCAGACCGGCCCGGAAAGCCUGCAUGGACCUAGUCGACGCGAUGGCUCUGCUCGAUGAGACUUGUCCCAAUGUCAUCAAAAGCCCCACGCUCACUCCUCACACUCCGCUCAUGCCUCAUCCCAGGACUAAGCGCGCCCGAUCCAAAAGCAGCGAUAACUCGAGCAACUACAGCAGCGAGAGGCUCAACGAAAAGAGCCAGGAGCAGCGCAAGAGGCCCUUCCUCAAGAAAAUCGGCAUAUCCAUGACCGAAGACAGACCUCUACUUGCCAAGCUCACGCCCAAAAUCAUGGGUAAGCCCUACCUCGAGAAAAUUGGCCCAAGUAAGGCCAUCGAUAAACCGUUUCUCGAGAAAAUCGGUUCAUCGAGGACUCUCGAAAAAUUCACUUUUGAUAUUGUACCAAAGAAGAAAACCACUACCGCAACCAUGGUCGAGGCGAGUAUCGCCGAGGAAGCUGAGCGCAUGCGUCGCGAACACAUCCGUGGAUUCUCCACCGGCGAGAGACGUAAGUCCGGUAAAAACUUUCUCGCCAAAAUGUACUCCUUCGAGACAGAGGAUCUCGAGGAUACGUCACUGUCGAUGAAAGCCAUUCACAGAGAUCCCAUGAGGGGAACUUCGUUGGAUGACGUACUGGACUCUGGACCCAGCAGUAUGCCUCGCAUCAACGAAAUGUGCGCAAUGACCAAUUCGGACAUCGAGACGCCUAGUACGAGCGUCGCCGAGCUUGUCAAGUGUCGAGUGACGACUAGCGAAGAGAUCAUUUCCUCGAAUUCGUGCCUCAACUCGCCCAUGGAAAUCAGCUGGGGCAACUCGCCCCGCAAAAGGGAUCUACCACAGAGAAAGCCAACCGACAACGGCACAAUAAGCAAGAGUGCCAACAAUAACGACAGCGUUCCCAACUCGCCGACUAAAAGAGCGCACAGCUCUAUCACUCCCGAGAGAGUGACCGCGAGGUACAAAAAUCUCGCCUCCGUGCGUCAAACCAGUCGUCAGGCCUCCGAGGACGGAGUGCUCGACAAACGAAAGAGUCGCCACGAGCAAUUCGAGCGUCGCGGUGUCUCGUCGGAUAAUCUAACCAAAGAUCAUCGGGUCGUCACUCCGGUGUUCGCUGAAAUUGGUCUUAACGGCAAAGGCUCCAGCACUUCCAUGGUAUCGAGUGGUUCUAGCGUGAGACAAUUACACGAUAAAUUCGAGAGCCAAGAAAUCAUAUUGACCGAGACGUAUGCAGACUUCAAACGUAGGACGCAACCGAACUUGUCCAACUCGUCGAAUGCACUGAAACGGCUGAUCGUUCGAGAGAGAAAUAUUUCACCGUCGUUCGACACUAACCUUUCGUCGCGGGACGACAAACUCACAAGUGAAGGAUCGCCCAAAGUACGCUCAAAGUCCGUGGAAAAUCAACGCGAGAACAAACUUGAAAAUUCCAAUCGACGCUCAAGAACGCGAUCAGUGUUGAGAAAACAGCAUGCGGUCGAGGAGCAACAUCAACUACCACCUCAGAGAAGUAAGAUCCCAAAGGAUCCGUCGCAGGAGACAUUGGAUUUACUGUCUGAAUUGCAGAAAGUAAAGAGUUCGCUUAAAACACCUACAGUGGACAAGACCUACGAGAUGGUUGAGCUUAAGUCCUUUCCGAAGAAGGUUCUUCUCACCGAUCAAGAGUUCUGCUUAUCGAUCGAGCGGGAAAACAGCGUGAGAAGGCCACCGAAAGUAAAUGUCAUCGAGGCGAUAAGUAAUUCGCCUGAAAAAAGGCUGGCGUUGUUCGAAAAGCGAUGCCUGUCGCUUGACUAUGCCGAUGACGAGAAAUCAGUCUCCGUCAAAAUUGAACCUCGUGCGACUUCUCUCGCUUCGGCAAGAAGUCCGCGCUCCGGGGAGCUGCUCGAAGUAGGCUUCGUAAGCUGCGAUUCGGUUAGCUCGGACGUGUUCGCCACUCCGUCCGAUGAACUUGUCGACAAGCCUGUUUCGGUAGAGCAAGAAGUGAAGAAAAUCGAGAGCGAGAUUUCGAAAAACUCCAAAAACAAGAUAGAGGCCGCGAAGAAAAAAAAGGCUCCCGAGGAAAAAUCGCCUAGACCGAAUCACUGCUCAGAGUCGGAUGCAACGAACUGUCAGCAACAGCCACACCAGCAACAGGUCAACAGCAGUCCCAAAAGAAGAUGCCAGAGCGAAUCGUCGGAAGUAGCCUCACCAAAAGCAACGCCUUUCCGAGUAAAAAAACGACUUGGCAGAAUCUCGGUCGAAGAAACGGUCAGGCAAUCGGAAAGUUUUAUCAGCAAAGAGUGCAAGGAGCCCAGCGCCGCUCAAAAGAAGGCCAAAUGCCAGCCACUGUAGAACUCGAAAUAUUCUAGAUAAUAAAGCGUAAGCUUUCGGACCAUUUUUCUAUUUUACCUAAGACUAUACGUGUAAACGCGCACACGCGGCAGUUAUAUAUAUAUACACAAACACGAAAUGUACACACACACUGUGUCCUUUUUGGAUGAAUUGUUGUUUAUCUUACGGCGAUAUUCUAACUGUCAUGGUCGAUACAUCAACCGAACUCUGUAACUUUCAACAAACAAGUGUUUGCGAUCUCUUUGUUUUAUAUUCUAAAGAGUCUUUUUCAACUAUAUUGACGCACACAUCCGCGGUCAAAAGGAUAUAUUAUACGUAUGGGUUUUUCGGUUGAUUUUUCUCUCGAUUUUGUAGUAUAUAAGUAGUAUAAUAGUUCAUCAGAUUAUUUUUUUCUUUGGACUGAGAUGAUCUUGUUACAACAAAACAUGAACGUUUUCAAUCGUAUUUGGUACUUUUGUAUGAUAACAUUAAUUAGAAGCUACGAGCUUUGUUAGAUUAAAAAUCUUAUUGAGAUGAACAAACAACUUUUCAAGUACAAGUACGAUUUUACUUUGCUAAUUCGGAGUCUUAAACUAUGGCGACUAAGAACAUUUUAUUGCGCAGUGCCUUGUCUGUAUAGAUAUGUACUAAUCGACGGUGAAGUAAACAAAAAAAAGUAUAUGUAGAGCACGUCGAUGAGUUUUUCCAUGUGGAAUGUUGAAUCGUCCUUGAAAAUAGAAUUUAACGUACGUAAAAGCCAAUAAAAGACAAGUUUGCGAAUGAGAAUAAAUGUUAGUGCAAUUACAAGGAAAAUUAACUGCUAUCAAAUAUUUCAAAUACGAUUAAAAAGCAAACUUUCGAAUCUUCAAUUAAAAAUUUUCUCGAUGUAACUGCAACGACAUUUACGUAAUGUGCGAUACAACAAACAAACAAAAUAUAUAGGUAUAGUAAAAUGAUCGAUAUACGUUCCUCUUGUGAUUUUUUUAGAGACGUAGUGACGCGCUGAUUAUGUGGAAAGUAUAAAUUACAUAAAUAUGUAUAUAUAUUUAUAUAUAUGUGUAUAUGUAUAUGUAUAUGUACAUGUAUAUAUAUAUACACUGUUCUAGUUGUUAAUGCUGUAACUAUUAAUCUUACGAGAAUAUUUAUACGUUGUACGUAUAGAUAAUUUAGUCUUAGAAUUCAUUAUUGUAUAGAAAUGCGCGCAAGAGAUAUAACUAUAUUAUCGCGCGCUCAUUUGAUUAUUUUUGUCCACCUCCACCAAUGAAAAUGAAGCGAAAAGUAAUCGCAGGCGAGGACGCGCUUGUAGAACGUGAUUGAAAUUCUAGAUGCGAGAUGUGCCAAACAUAGAUAUGAUUUACAAUCUUUGUUUUUUAAUGUUUAUUUCAUAAAAUAGAUAUAUAUCUACAGCAAACGACAUAUAAAUAUAUUUGUUAAAAUGAAUACUAAUGUAAUAGGUGUCACUUGUCUUUCAAAGUCUUAUUUGAUGAAAUUUCAUGAUUAUCGCUUACUUCACUACUGAGUAAACUAAAAAUAUUGAUUCUCAUUUCUCAAGAAAAAAGCGGAGCGAAGAAAUCAUCACGAGCAAGAAAAUGAAACAUUACUUAUUUGUUAUUGAUAUGAAAAAGCCAACAGAUGGCAACUAUCCGUCCACCAUUACGGUUGCCUCAUUUCAAAUCAUCAAUACACUUUUUUCGAUGUAGAUUUAUUUUCAGGAAGAGCUUUUCACUUUUUCUCGCUGGCGAGAUGUAUUUGUGAAAAUUGUUCAGAAAUUUUUUUAUUUUUAUUUUAUGCAAUACAAAGAACUGUUGAGAUUUUCAUAAAUUACACAUUGUUAGCGAGUCUAUAUAUCAGAAAGCAGUUGGCAAACUGGAACGAGUAUUAUAUUAGUAUUAUUAAGUUUCUUGUUUAUCCGCUGGAAAAUGCGUAUAGUCAGUCUCUAUAUUUGAUUAUUGGUGCAUACUCCUUCAUGCGUAAGUUAGAUUUUUGUAAUUUUAAACAUAUUUUAAUGAAAAGAAGCAGGCCUUUAAUUUUGAUUUAUGAAUUAUAUUGGUGCGGCACGUUGAACGUGAUGCAUUGGAAAUACGCAAUUUUGAAAGUUGAUUUUAUAUAUAAAUGUAUAUAAUCAACUUUUAAAUUAUUGACUUAUACGAUAUCUAUGGUAUAAGUGAUAAUUCAACCGAUAUAUUGUUGAAGAGAAAAUAAAAAUUAUUAAUGACAUGUUUCGUGCGGAUAGGAUGUAAGUGUUCAUGAAUACUUGUGAAAUGCCUGUGUUUUUUAUGUAUGUCAGACCAACAUUUACAAUGUUCUAGAAUAAUUAUAUCGUCUAAAAGAUUUAUAAAGAAAUACUUAUAUCUGAUCUAUAAAACAUAUUCAAUAAUCUUAAUAAUUAUAAAACCAAAAAUUGUGUUAAAAUUAUCAUAGUUUUUAUAGCAAUUCAAAGAUACGUGUGAAACGGAUGGGUGGUGAUAAAUUACUUGUUUAACUUUUGACCGUAACAAAUCUAAAUCAAAACAUUUUCCGUUCGUAUCUGUCUCAAAUUUGCAAAAUUGCAUUCUAUAUUGAAAAAAAUUGACAAACAUUUUAUAAACAGUGUGAUAUUUAAUAAGCCACUAGUUAUUAGUAUAAAUUGGCGCAAUGGAA